AUUUUUUUUAGAAACUUUUUUUUUGCAAAUAUUUUUUAAAAAUAUUUUCUAAAUAUUCUUUUUAUUUUUUUAUAGUUGUUAUAGAAUUUAAAUUUUAAUAUUCUAAACAUUAAUGUUAAAACAAGAAAAACUAAAUUUUGAAAAAAAAAUAUUAACAAUCCAUUGUUUUCUUAGUAAAUCUUUAUUAUAAUCAAGAUUUUAAAUCAAUCAUAGUGACGUAUGAUAAAUUGUUUUUAAAAUAAGAGAAAACCAGUUUUGUUUGUUGUGUAUAUAGUAAAAAGAGGAAAAGACUAUACUGUUAUUUUAUUAAUGUACAAAAUGGAGAAACUUAUUCUGGGUUUAUUUUUAAUUAUAAGUUAUGUUGCAGCCAAUGGCAGUGAUUUUAUCUUUCCUGAUGAUGUGUCAUCACGAUUUGAAGGACAAACUAAAAAUCAUAAUCGUCCAAUAACAUUCCCGUCGUACAACUCUAAUGCGAAUGCUGAAGCAAAUGCAAAUUCUCAUGGAUAUGGACAUACCAAUGCCAAUGCAAAUGCAAAUGCAAAUUCCAACGGAAAUGGAUACGGAAGUGCUAAUUCUAAUGCAAAUGCUAAUUCUAAUGGAAAUGGAUAUGGAAACAACCAUGCAAAUUCAAACGCAAAAUCCAAUGUGAACACUAAUGGAAAUGGAUAUGGAAAUGCUAAUUCUAAUGCGAAUGCAAAUUCCAAUGGAAAUGGAUAUGGAAAUGCUAAUUCUAAUGCUAACGCAAAUUCCAAUGUCAACAGUUAUGGAAAUGGAUAUGGAAAUGCUAAUUCUAAUGCAAAUGCAAAUUCUAAUGGAAAUGGAAUUUCCAAUGCCAAUGCCAAUUCACAAGCAUCGUUUCAAAAUAAUCCAUAUUCGAAUAAUUAUUCUAAUGGAAUAGCAAGUUCUCUUUCCAAUGCUCAAUCAAUUAAUGGCAAUUCAGCAAGCGCUGCAAGUGCUGGUUCAGCUGUAGGAGUUUCUUUUGUUAAUGGAAUUCCAUACGUAAGUGCUGCAGCCGCUGCAGCAGCUGCUUCUUCUGGCGAUGGAAAAUCAUCAUCAUCAUCAUCAUCAUCAUCUUCUUCUAAUAGUAACAGUAAUUUUGAUUAUGGAAGUCAACAAUAUCCUAAUUGGUAUUUUGGUAGUAGAAUAGGCACUGGUGAUGAUAGUGCGAAUAAAACUAGUACUGAAACUACUGAAACUACUUUAACUACUUUAACUACUGUAACUACUACUGAAAAAAAAGAAAUGUAAAUUAAGAAUGUAAUAAAAAGAAUUUAUUUUUCUAAACAAAAUUUUAAUAUAAAUAUUUCCUAGUAAGAAAAAAGGUUUAUUUGAGGUAGCUAUCUGCUCAAAAAUCUAACUGACGUAUGGAUAAAUGGACUGGUUGCUCAAUCAUCUAAUAUAUUAUGCUCUAGUCUUUCUCCUCAACUAAAAAAUGAAAAAAACAAUUUAACUGUUUAGAAAACUUAAUAAAAAGUAGAUAAUAAUAGAUUCUGCUAUGGCAUCCGAUUUAGUAAAAAUACGCAGUGUUUUUUUUCUAUUAUUAUAAAUUUUUCACUCCUGUCUAUAUUUUGCCAAAUAAAUAAAGGGACGCAUGAAUCUUCUACAAAUCCAAUUUAAUCUAAUGACAAUUAAUCGAAAUUCACUAAGCCGAAUCACCAGUUAUGCCAUAAGUUAUAUUAGUUAGGACUAUUUUUUAAAUUAAUUUUCGUUUUAUCGAUGAUUAAUUUGCUCUAAUUUUUAUUUUUCAUAUAUGUUAUUUAACCGAAAUUUCAUUUCAUCGAAAUCUCAUUCGUUAUAAUUAACAUUGUCUCGAAUUAAUAUAUUUAACAGUAUUAACUUUUUACCUAAUUGGCAUAUAAACCUAAUGAUCAUUUAACAGAAAUUCACUUACCUCGAAAUUCCAUUAAGGCGUAUGUUCAUUUGGCCUAAAGAUUAUUUAAACUAAAUUUUGUUUUGCCUAUAAAUAUUGUUUCACCUAAUUUUAAAUUGUCCUAUUAA